CCGGGAACACGCAGUUCGCAAACCGGAGAGCAACCACUGUUUAAAUCUUCGAUCGAACUUUCAUGUUGAAUUUGAAACUGAAAAUACACUAAGUGGUCAAUUUCCGAUAGAAAUCUUGUGAGGUAAAUGCCAUUCUUGUAAAUAGUCGCUGCAUAUUUACGUUCAGAGUCACUCUGGUUCAGAGUAAAGACAUACAUAGUCAAAUACUGCUUCCGUACGCUACCCCUCCAAAAAUCAAUUUUGUUCGAAGACCGAACUGCAACGGAGUUUAGUUACCAGUCUUAUGCUGCGUGUUAUUGGAUAGAACGCAUGAUAUGAUUGGCUCCGUAUAUUACAUUACGUCAGAGGACAUGUCUGCUACAUAGGACAUAACUGCAACGGUACACCCUUGCGUUACAUGUCACACCUGUGUAGUACCCAGUGCUAAACGGUCUGAACUGCGCAAAUGAAAGAAAGUUGCUUCCUCUUGAUCUGCGGCCUUAUGCUGAAAUUUUAACACCUGGAAAUGACAUCUGUUGACGAACUUAAGAAAAAAUGCAGGGAACAGUUAAAAUUUGAACCCUUUCAAACCCUCCUGAAGUUUGCAGAGUCUAAUGAAGUGGACGUAACAGAUGCUGGAUUCGCUAGACUGUUGGACGAGCGAGAUGAACUGAAGAAUCUCCGUGAAGAAUUUCAUUAUCCUAAAAUGAAAGAUCUCCCCUUAGUUGACACUUCUUUAGUUGAUAGCGAAGUGGACUGCAUAUACUUUUGUGGCAAUUCUCUUGGCCUGCAACCUAAACAGGCAGGCAUCUUGGUCAACCAGGAACUGGAUAAAUGGCAGCAAAUGGGUGUUCAUGGCCAUUUUCAUGGCAGUUUACCUUGGUGGAAAAUAGAAGACACUGUCAUAUCAGAAAGUGCAAAACUAGUUGAAAAGAAAAUCACAAUUUUUAUGCAUGAGCUUAUUAAACUUUUAAUUGCUACUUUGCCUGUUACUCAGGGUGAGGAAUUACUAAGAACAGAAGACAUUCUCUCCAUUAUCGAGGAUCAGGGAGACUCAAUAGCACUUGUUAUGUUUAGUGGUGUCCAGUACUACACUGGACAGUUUUUUGACAUGAAAAGGAUUACUGCUUUUGCACAGAAAAAGGGCUGUGUCGUUGGUUGGGAUCUAGCUCAUGCCGUAGGAAAUGUUGAACUUCACCUUCAUGAUUGGAAUGUAGACUUUGCUUGUUGGUGUUCAUACAAGUACCUUAAUUCUGGGCCUGGUGGAAUAGCAGGGGCAUUUGUACACGAGAAACACGCCUGUAACUUUGACCUUCCAAAGUAUCUAAUUAUCACAUGCAGCCUUUUUCUGAAAUCAAAUCUAGCAACAAUCUGUUCAUGUCCUUGUUAUUACCAAUUUAAAUUCAAAAAGAUGUACUACUGUAUCGCCUUGCUGUUUUCGAUGCUGUGUUAUUGGUUAGUUUUAAGGUCAUGUUUUUGUUGUUGUUUUUUGUUUCUGUAUUGCCUCGUAAUUAAGGGCUGUGUCGUUGGUUGGGAUCUAGCUCAUGCCGUAGGAAAUGUUGAACUUCACCUUCAUGAUUGGAAUGUAGACUUUGCUUGUUGGUGUUCAUACAAGUACCUUAAUUCUGGGCCUGGUGGAAUAGCAGGGGCAUUUGUACACGAGAAACACGCCUGUAACUUUGACCUUCCAAAGUUUUCUGGUUGGUGGGGACACGAUAGAUCAAGUCGUUUUGAAAUGGGGCACGAAUUCAAGCCGCUUCCAGGAGCGGCUGCCUUUCAGUUGUCCAAUCCACCCCUUCUACAAACGGUCUCGUUAUUAGGAAGUUUGAAUGUUUUCGCAAAAACGUCAAUGAAAAAACUGAGAGCAAAGUCAGACAUUCUGACAGCUUAUCUUGAACUUCUUCUCUUACAUUACUACGGUUUUUCACAAGAUGACGACGAAACUCCGGCAAAGUGGCAGAAACUGGAAAACGGAAGUGCAAAGAUCGGUCUUCUAUCGAUCAUUACGCCAGUAAACCCAGCUGAGCGCGGCUGUCAGCUGUCCGUCAGUUUCUCUGUACCAAUGAAAUCUCUGCGUAAAGAGUUUGACAAGCGGGGAGUUGUGGUGGAUACGCGUGAACCCGACGUGAUGAGAAUCGCUCCAACGCCGCUGUACAACAGCUUCGUGGACGUGCAUCGCUUUGUCGCCUCAUUAGGAGAAGCAUUACACGUGUUGGAACACUUUGAAUCAGGACAAUAGCUAUGUUGUGUAAUACACUGCCAAUAUGCAGUCAGGGCUUGGAUUUGUCAACAUUACCCUUCACUCACCGGAAGCUAAUAUUGCCAUUGAUGCAUAUUCAUGUUUGUAAUGGUCAAAACAUAUAUUGAGAAGUGGCAGACCUUCAAGGGUACAUUUAAAAGUCUGAAAAUAGCUAAGGAUGUGAUAAUUUAAUAUUCGUUGGUCGAUAAGGUGUCUAAAGUAUUUAAACAGUGUCUUAAAUAGUGUAUAAUUAUUACGUCCACGGUUCGUUAUUUAUAAUGUAAGGUCCCAUAGGUUUCCUCUUAUUUAUGUUUCGUAGAACUUUUUUGGAGGAAAGACCAGUAACAAAGGUUCUUUGUUAAUUUUAGAAAAAGAACGAGAAUCGUAGAUCGGCUCAACGGAUUUGCGUUCAACUCGAUAGGUGGUUGCUGGGAAUAACUGGAGAAAUUAAAAUAUUUUCUUCUUUUAA